AUGACUGCAAUACUGGGGCUCAGAGUGACACCGAAUCAGGAUUGUUUUGGGAAGGUCGAGAGAAGGGAGCGUUUGUGUAAAACACAGUCAUUUGGGUGGUCUGUCUGGAACAGGCCCCCUGCCAAUCCCCAGCACAGGCCGACUUCCACCGCCGGCCCCGGCGCCUCUGCAACCCCGCGACCGGCCGGCGCCUCUGCCAGCUCCGCGGCGCGCAUGCUCCGUGCGGGGCUUCUCCGGCGACCCAGGAUAAUGAGCGCCGGGCCCAGGGGGCGGGCCGAGCGGCGACUGCUAGAGCGGGGACCUCGGCGGCGGCCCCGGGGCGCUGUGCGCGGCUGCUACAGGGGCGGCGGCGGCGGCCAGCACUGUGCGCGCCAGAGUGUGGCUCGCUCGCCCGAUGCGCACGCCCGCUCGGUUCAGGAGCAAGUACAUCCCAAUCUCUCAGCUAAUGAAGAGUCUCUCUAUUAUAUUGAAGAGCUGAUUUUUCAGCUGCUUAAUAAAUUAUGCAUGGCUCAACCAAGGACUGUUCAAGAUGUGGAGGAACGUGUUCAAAAGACCUUUCCUCAUCCAAUUGAUAAAUGGGCUAUUGCUGAUGCACAAUCUGCCAUAGAAAAACGAAAACGAAGAAAUCCUCUCUUACUCCCUGUGGACAAAAUCCAUCCUUCAUUGAAGGAAGUUUUAGGGUACAAAGUGGACUAUCAUGUAUCCCUGUAUAUUGUGGCUGUACUAGAGUAUAUCUCAGCUGAUAUUUUGAAGUUGGCUGGUAAUUAUGUUUUUAAUAUCCGACAUUAUGAAAUAUCUCAGCAGGACAUUAAAGUGUCAAUGUGUGCAGAUAAGGUUUUGAUGGACAUGUUUGACCAGGAUGACAUAGGUUUGGUUUCUCUCUGUGAAGAUGAACCCAGUUCUUCAGGUGAAUUAAACUACUAUGACCUUGUCAGAACUGAAAUUGCAGAAGAAAGGCAGUAUCUACGGGAACUAAAUAUGAUCAUAAAAGUGUUUCGAGAAGCCUUUCUUUCCGACAGAAAGCUGUUUAAACCUUCUGGCAGUGACGGUGGAAGUCAGACACAAGUGCACACAGCUGCCCUGAUUGGAAAGGGGGACUGCACGGGAGUGGAAUCUUCCUGCUGUGCAGGAUUUGAGGUUUAUAGUCAUUCGUUUGAACGUAGUGAAAAAGAUGUAUGGUCUAGAAAAGAAAGACUUAAUACUUUUUCAUGUCUUUUGGAGCAAGCAUUUGAUCCUUAUGAAACGUUAUCACAGGACAUUCUUUCUCCAAAAUUUAAUGAACAUUUCAGUAAGUUGAUGGCCAGACCUGCGGUGGCUCUACACUUUCAGUCCAUUGCUGAUGGGUUUAAAGAGGCAGUUCGUUAUGUCCUUCCACGCCUUAUGCUGGUGCCUGUUUAUCAUUGUUGGCACUAUUUUGAAUUAUUAAAGCAAUUGAAAGCAUGUAGUGAAGAGCAGGAAGACAGAGAAUGUUUGAACCAAGCUAUUACUGCUCUUAUGAAUCUCCAAGGUAGUAUGGACCGAAUUUACAAGCAGUAUUCACCUAGACGCCGACCUGGAGAUCCUGUUUGCCCUUUUUAUAAUCGUCAGUUAAGAAGCAAGCAUCUGGCUAUUAAAAAAAUGAAUGAAAUUCAGAAAAACAUAGAUGGAUGGGAAGGCAAAGAUAUUGGACAGUGUUGUAAUGAAUUCAUAAUGGAAGGUCCAUUGACACGAAUUGGUGCUAAACAUGAACGACAUAUUUUUCUCUUUGAUGGCUUAAUGAUCAGCUGUAAGCCCAAUCAUAGUCAGUCACGCCUUCCAGGUUAUAGUAGUGCAGAAUACAGAUUAAAAGAAAAAUUUGUCAUGAGGAAAAUACAAAUAUGUGAUAAAGAAGAUACUUGUGAGUGCAAACAUGCUUUUGAGUUGGUAUCCAAAGAUGAAAAUAGCAUAAUAUUUGCUGCUAGGUCUGCUGAAGAGAAAAAUAAUUGGAUGGCUGCACUUAUUUCUCUUCACUAUCGUAGUACACUAGAUCGAAUGCUAGAUUCGGUGUUACUGAAAGAAGAAAAUGAGCAACCAUUGAGAUUACCAAGUCCUGAAGUGUAUCGUUUUGUGAUAAAAGACUCUGAGGAAAACAUUGUUUUUGAAGACAACCUGCAAAGUAGAAGUGGAAUCCCCAUUAUUAAAGGAGGAACUGUAGUGAAAUUAAUUGAAAGGUUAACAUAUCAUAUGUAUGCAGAUCCCAAUUUUGUUCGUACUUUUCUUACUACAUACCGUUCAUUUUGUAAACCACAGGAAUUGCUAAGCUUACUGAUUGAACGGUUUUCACUACAAUGUGUUUCUUUACAUUUUUUCAGGAUUUUAAAUGUGUUUCGGCACUGGGUUGAACACCAUUUUUAUGACUUUGAAAGAGAUUUGGAGUUGCUUGAAAGACUAGAAUCCUUCAUUUCAAGUGUAAGAGGGAAAGCUAUGAAGAAAUGGGUAGAGUCAAUUGCUAAGAUCAUCAGGAGAAAGAAACAAGCUCAGGCAAAUGGAAUAAGCCAUAAUAUUACCUUUGAAAGUCCACCUCCGCCAAUUGAAUGGCAUAUCAGCAGAGCGGGACAGUUUGAAACAUUUGAUCUCAUGACACUUCAUCCAAUAGAAAUUGCACGUCAGCUGACACUUUUGGAAUCUGAUCUCUACAGGAAAGUCCAACCUUCUGAACUAGUAGGGAGUGUAUGGACCAAAGAAGAUAAAGAAAUAAAUUCUCCAAAUUUAUUAAAAAUGAUUCGCCAUACCACAAAUCUCACCCUAUGGUUUGAAAAGCCUAGGAAAUCAACUUUCUCUUUAAAAUCUCCUGGAAUACGGCCUAAUACAGGCCGACAUGGCUCUACCUCAGGCACUUUACGAGGUCAUCCAACGCCAUUAGAAAGAGAACCAUGUAAAAUGAGCUUUAGUCGGAUUGCUGAAACUGAUCUUGAAUCAACUGUGUCAGCACCAACCUCUCCAAAUACACCAUCUACUCCACCAGUAUCUGCUUCUUCAGACCUUAGUGUGUUUUUAGAUGUGGAUCUCAACAAUUCCUGUGGCAGCAAUAGCAUCUUUGCUCCAGUCCUCUUGCCACACUCAAAGUCUUUCUUCAGUUCAUGUGGCAGUUUACACAAACUAAGUGAAGAGCAGCUGCUGAUUCCUCCUCCGCUUCCUCCUCGAAAGAAGUUUGAUCAUGACGCUUCAAAUUCCAAGGGAAAUACGAAAUCUGAUGAUGACCCCCCUGCUAUUCCACCAAGACAACCUCCUCCUCCAAAGGUAAAACCCAGAGUUCCUGCUCCUACUGGUGCAUUUGAUGGGCCUCUGCAUAGUCCACCUCCACCACCGCCAAGAGAUCCUCUUCCUGAUACCCCUCCACCAGUUCCCCUUCGGCCUCCAGAACACUUUAUAAACUGUCCAUUUAAUCUUCAGCCACCUCCACUAGGACAUCUUCACAGAGAUCCAGACUGGUUCAGAGACGUUAGUACCUGUCCAAAUUCGCCAAAUACUCCUCCUAGCACACCCUCUCCGAGAGUACCACGUCGAUGCUACAUGCUCAGUUCUAGUCACAACAACCUUGCUCAUCCUCAAGCUCCCCCUGUUCCACCAAGGCAGAAUUCAAGCCCUCACCUACCAAAACUGCCACCAAAGACUUACAAACGGGAGCUUUCGCACCCUCCGUCAUACAGACUGCCUUUGCUAGAAAAUGCGGAAACUCCUCAAUGACCUUAGCCAUAUGUAGUCAUUGACACUGGAAUGGUAUUUGUAAAGGGUUUUUUUUUAAUUUAUUCAAAAAAAGGCAUAGUAUUUUAGUACUUUUUACAAAUAAUGCUCUUACAAAAAUGCUACUGAUCAAAUAAGCUUUUAAAAAUCGGAAAAAUAAAAAUACAGAAGUCCUUUAUCAUUAUCCUCAGGUGAUCAGUAGCAUUGCCUUGUCUUGGAUCCUCAGUGCUGCCAAAAGGCCAGUAUAAAGAAUUUAUAUUUGCACUGUAGACUCUGCUAAAGUAUGGUUUAAAGUGACAUUGAUUGCACUGAAAGGGGAUAGUGCAUUUGUGGAAUUUUUCAAAUUUGGGUAAUAGAUGCCUUUUUAAGGCAAUGAAUUUACACAAAUAUAGGGCGUGUAUGGUAUUACUGAUUUUUAAAACUCUUUGACCAUCUUAUAGUUUUUACUUCUAAUUUUUACACUUAAGAGAAUUGUGAAAAACACCCACUGUUCUUAAACUCUUUAAUGCCAUGUCUUAAAUGCCAGAAUUUGCUGCUGAAGACAAAAAUGAAAAAUAGAAUGAAAAUAAUAGAAUGCACUGUGUUCAUUAUUUUGUCAAAAUGUAUACAGAGACUACCUAACCCAAUCAUAGAGGGAAAAAGGGCAUGUAUCUCAUUCAGAUGUGCCUUUUGUUUUUGCAGACUAUGGUGUCUUUAGCUGAUGAGUUGCCUAUUGGAAAACAAAGUUAAUUAAUAUGCCAUGUAUGUACAGUUUUGUUUAUAUUGUAUAUUUAAAGAUAAUGCUAAUAACCUAUAUAAAUUUAAGUGACUCGAGGCCUAUAAUACAAUCUGCUACUUUACUAAUUGAGAGAUUCAGAGGAAAAUUUCUUAGGCACAGGAACCAACUGCCUUGCCCUCAAAACCUAGUAACUUUCUCUAUAAAUCUCAUGUUAACUAAAAUUAAAAAAAAAUUUUUUUAGAUUGGUAACAUCUAAACCAGCAAACAUACUUAAAGCUUUAUUAAACUUUUUAUUCAGAGAAGUGAGUAAAAGUUUUAUUUGCCAUUUGGACUCCUGGGUUCAAAGUGAUGAAAAAGCGUGUUUUGCUGAUAGUGCUGUAGCAGCAGUUGUAAAGUAGCCAAAAGCCACGUUGUUUAUUUACUGGUCUGUGGCCUUUUACUGUGCUUUGUAUCAGAGUUCUUAACAAGAUUAAUAAAUCACCCCAGUCUUAA